AUGAGGCAGGCUGGGCAGAGUGAGGAGCAGGCUGGGCGAAAGCCUGGAGCUCACUCGACUCUGGGUCUAGAAGAAAAGCAGCCCCAGGGCAGAGAGCUCAGCUCCUGCCCAAAAGGCGUCCCCAGGUCAGUCUUGAGAGAGCAAGCGAGCAGGAGGCAGUUAGGCUGCAGGAGCAGAGCAGUGCCUAAGUCAAAGGAACUUGUUUCUUCAAGCUCAUCUGGCAGUGAUUCUGAUAGUGAAGUUGACAAAAAGUUAAAGAGGAAAAAGCAAGUUACUCCAGAAAAACCUGUAAAGAAGCAAAAGACUGGUGAAACCUCAAGAGCCCCGUCAUCUUCCAAGCAGAGCAGCAGCGGCAGAGAUGAUAACAUGUUUCAGAUUGGAAAAAUGAGGUAUGUCAGUGUCCUGGACUUUAAAGAGAAAGUCCUAAUUGACAUUAGAGAAUAUUGGAUGGAUCCAGAAGAUGAAAUGAAACCAGGAAGAACAGGUAUUUCCUUAAAUCCCGAGCAAUGGAGCCAGUUGAAGGAACAGAUUUCUGACAUUGAUGAUGCAGUAAGAAAACUGUAAAAUCAGAGCCAUAUAAAACCUGUACUGUU